GCGUUGACUCCUUUACGGCCACGCACGCACCGCCCCGUCCUCUCGUGCUGGAGAAAAGAACAUGGAGACAGCUGGAAAAGUGAUCAAGUGCAAGCAGCUGUUGCCUGGGAACCUGGGAAGCCUCUUACCAUUGAAGAGGUGGAGGUAGCACCACCUAAGGAUGAAGUCCGCAUCAAGAUCUUUGCCACCGGAGUGUGUCAUACAGAUGCCUACACCCUGAGUGGCAGUGACCCCGAGGGACUUUUCCCUGUAAUCUUGGGCCAUGAGGGUGCUGGGACAGUUGAGAGCGUCGGUGAGGGUGUCACCAAAUUCAAACCAGGUGAUACUGUCAUUCCGUUGUAUGUGCCACAGUGUGGUGAAUGCAAAUUCUGCAAAAAUCCCAAGAACCUUUGCCAGAAAAUUAGAGUAACCCAGGGCCAAGGCCUGCUCCCUGACAAGACCUCACGCUUCACUUGCAAGGGAAAGCAAGUGUUUCACUAUGGUACCAGCACCUUCUCUGAGUACACCGUGGUGGCCGACAUCUCUCUGGCCAAAGUGAAUGAGAGUGCUCCACUGGAUAAAGUGUGCCUUCUUGGAUGUGGCAUUUCCACAGGCUACGGUGCCGCUCUUAAUACUGCCAAGGUUGAGCCUGGUUCCACAUGUGCUGUAUUUGGCCUUGGAGCUGUCGGCUUGGCUGUAAUCAUGGGCUGCAAGGUAGCUGGGGCAACCAGGAUCAUUGGCGUGGACAUCAACCCUGCAAAGUUUGAGAAAGCCAAGGAGUUUGGAGCCACUGAGUUUGUGAACCCCAAAGACCACAGCAAGCCCAUCCAGGAAGUUCUGGUGGAGAUGACUGACGGGGGUGUGGACUAUUCCUUUGAGUGCAUUGGAAAUGUGCAGAUCAUGAGAGCUGCUCUGGAGGCAUGCCACAAAGGAUGGGGUGAAAGUGUCAUUAUCGGUGUAGCCGGAGCUGGACAGGAGAUAUCGACCAGACCAUUCCAGCUGGUGACAGGCAGAGUGUGGAGGGGAACAGCCUUUGGAGGCUGGAAGAGUGUGGAGAGUGUUCCUAAACUGGUGGAGGACUACAUGAAUAAGAAGCUGAAGGUGGAUGAGUUUGUUACACACACCCUGCCCUUCGAGCAGAUCAAUGAGGGAUUUGACCUCAUGCAUGCUGGGAAGAGUAUUCGCACAGUGCUGACCUUUUGAAGCACCUACAACAUUGACAUCCUUCACAUCCUGCCUUUAAACAAUCUCCUUCCAUAGCUGCAGCACUUAAUUGAUUUCUGCACUUAUUUGAUAACAUAACUUAAAAUGUUAGAACAUCAUUUUUAUUAACAGACAGCAUACCUGUUCAAAACAAAAACAGUGCCAUUAAAUUUUUUUUUUGGAAAUGCAUUUAUUCACUGCUUUUCCUUUUAUUGCUCAUUACUGACUAAUGUUAUGUUUUAUAAGAAAAAAAAACACUCAAUAGUUGGUCUCUUUUACCAACUAGCAUGAAAACAGCAUUCGGUCAUAUGUGUCAGACACUAAAUAUUACAAUAUUACAAUAAAAUAUACACAUUAAUGUGAUUAAUAAGUGAGAACCCUUUUUACAUAAUGCAAUAUUUAUGGAAGAACAAAUAUUCCAGUUAUAAUAUCUGGAAUAUUUACUUAGGGUAUACACUAUUAUAUUUUGAAUUUGAAUUUUGGGAAAGGUCUUCAUGGAACCUAAAAGAGCACAUCACAAAUUGAUAGGAUCACGAAUUAGAAAUACCUGCUGCGCAUGUUAACUUGAUGAUUGUUUUAUCACUCAGAGGAACAUGAUUUAUCAGUGGUGGUUGAUAAUAAGCCUGUAUAUUAUAGAGUAUAUGUGUAUUUCUUAUGGAUUCAGUGCACGUAUAACAUUUCAACAAAUUGGUUUUUGCAAUAUUAACCUCUCACUGCAAUACAAAAUCUAGACUGUCCGCUGUAAAUAUUUUGCUCCCUUACAGAUAAAAGUGUGCUCACCAAGACAAGCAAAAUUUUCAUAUUUCAUUCAUAUUUUGCACAUUAAAGUACAACAGGUUGUGUGGCAUGCAGUUGACUUAA